AAGUGUUGCCGAGGAAGGGAGGGACCGGAAAGGUUCGCGUUUGCUGACGGAUGCUCUUCUCUGGUAAUCACCGCUGUCGCAGCGCAUGAGUUGGCUGUCCGGAGGGCAUCUCGGCUGACACAGUCACGACUGCUUCUUUGUCUGCUUUAACAGCGAGUGGCUCCAUUCUCGGUGCCGCCGCUGCCCACAUUCCCCAAUCUUGCUUCUGGUUUUGGUUUUGGGAGGAGGGGCUGUAGUGCUGUACCCAUACUCCCCAGUCUUCCUCCCCUGUGACUGGCCCUCUGGCGUCGCCACCACCAGCUGCAGGACGCCUGGAAUUGCGUUUGGCUUUCUGGCGACGAGGUGGAUCGAGGGCCGCGAAACUGGUGAUCGGAUGAGGCAAGUGGCGCUCCUGCUCCGGUGAUUGGUGCUGAUAGUUGGCCCCAAGGUUGGAUUUUUGGCAUCAGAAUGAGGGAUUUCCCUUCUUGUUUCGGCGAGAGUGGGGUUCAGGUUUCGGAUUCCUCGUCGGGGGCCAGCCGAGCCGCUCAAAAUCUGGUGACCUGUCUUUACCAGGCUCAACUCCUCGGUCGUUCUUGUGUGAUCAACGUCACAUGGAGCAAGAAUCUGAUGGGCCAAGGCCUGACCGUCGGAAUUGAUGAUUUCGCCAACCAAUGCCUCUGCAAGUUGGAAAUCAAGCCAUGGUUGUUCUCCAAGAGAAAGGGCUCCAAGAUCUUGGAGGUGGAGAAUAGCAAGAUAGCUGUAUCCUGGGACCUCUCUGCUGCCAAGUUUGGACCAGGGCCUGAACCGAUCGAAGGUUUCUACAUCGCGGUGGUCUUCCAUCUUGAGAUGGUGCUGCUGCUGGGGGAUCUGACCAAAGAAGCCUACCGGAAGACCAAUGCAAGCCCUUCUCCUUCAAAUGCUGUGUUCAUUGCCAAGAGAGAGCACAUCUAUGGAAAGAAGGUCUAUUCAACAAAGGCUCAAUUUUGCGACAAUGGGCAAUCCCAUGAAGUUGCAAUAGAGUGUGACACCAUUGGACUCAAGGAUCCAUACCUUGAGAUUCGCAUCGACAGGAAACGGGUAAUGCAGAUCAAGAGACUCGCAUGGAAAUUCCGCGGAAAUCAGACAAUCCUGAUCGAUGGGCUUCCUGUGGAGGUAUUUUGGGAUGUUCAUAGCUGGCUUUUCGGUCCGUCUUCUGGGAAUGCUGUCUUCAUGUUUCAAACUUGCCUUUCAGCUGAAAAAUUGUUACCAUGGUCUGCAUCACAGAACUUUAGGGAAUCUCAGUUGCAAGGCCUUGGUUUUUCUUUGGUUCUUUAUGCUUGGAAAAAUGAAUAGUGAGGAUAUUUUUACUCUUUUCUUUAAUUUUCUUUUGGGUGCUAACAGAAUCUAGCAAGAAAUAUGUUUUUACUAUCGAGAGUGAAACCCAUUUAUCUUUUGUUGUCACCCCUUGUAACUCUGUUCUGUGUUGAUGGAUUCGCAAGAUUCUGAAACAUCCACUUGUUUCUUCC